AGAGUGGCACGACCAGGCAGUGCAAGACCAGCACCUCGCCGGGUCAAGCAACAGGAAGGCACAGAGGCAUUAACACCGGACAGGGCAGGGAGUGGUAAAACCGUCUCCAACGUGAUUAUGGAGUCACAGAAUUGUGACGAGGAGGACGAGCACGAGCAUUUUGUGGUGGAAGCUGCCCCUUUGCUUACUGAAAUAGCAGAAAUCGAGACGGUGCUGGCAGCAGAGCUAGAGGAUGAUGAGAAGCACGGUAGACUUGUGAAAAAAAUUUUGGAGACGAAGAAAGAUUAUGAGAAACUGCAGCAGGACCCCAGAACUGGAGAGAAGGCUGAGGAUUUAAAGUUUUGGGUCAAAAAUUAAAUUGUCGCUGCUGCAUUAUUGUGAGAAAAUGGAGACACCAAGAACGUCACCUUCAGUGUUUAUAGACAUUUGCCGUGGAUAUGUUGUUGACCACAUGAAUGGCCGUGAAGCCAUUAAAGCACAGCGCUCUGUAAACUUUAUGAAGGUAAUGGUGAGAAAAUAGGCUUCUUUCUGCAGAGUCCAUUGGUGGGUUACUUUAGCCAGAAAGAAUGCAGAUACACAUGUAUGUGAUGUAAAAGAGCUUGAAUAUAAAAACGUAAGAAACUGUCACCAAUAUCUUGAGGCCGAAAUGAGUCGCCCCCUGGGUGUUUGUGAAAGAAGGUGUGACGAAUUCAGACAUGGGCCUCGCCCGGAGCUACCGUUUGGAGUUGUGGCGGAGGUUCACCUGCCGUGGCCCCGUGGCCCCUCACACUGAAUCAGGGCUCUGUUGUGUCUUUGUGGGGAAAUCUCUGGCUCACCGGGCUGUGGCUGCCAGCGAGGUGCUGAGUGGUAUGCACGCUGGGGUUUGAGUCCACACGCUGUGGCUGUGCAGUGAGACUCAGGUGGUCAGACUCAGGGCUGACACAGGUGUGAGGCAGACUCUGAGAUCAGGUGGCCCUGCGGGUGAGCAAAAAAGAAGGUGUAGGCAAUGGCCCCAGAUCAGGAAGCCCAGCCACUCCAGGGCCCGGGUGUCCUGCAGGACUGAGGAUUCUGGCCCAGUAGUUUAGAGGUGGGGAGACUUUAGAAGGUCCAGUGGGAGCUGGGCGUGGUGGCGCACACCUAUAAUCCCAGCACUUGGGAGGCUGAGGAAGGAGCAC